AUGGACUUACUGAAAGCAGGAAAAGUGAGAAGUGCCAUUCCCUGCAACGAAUGUGAGAAACCAAGCUGUAUCUACAGUCAACUCAAGUUAUCAAGGGACCAGGAAGCUGUUCUUCAACAAAUAAAGGAAGCCUAUUGGUUCAUUUGUGGUGAUGGUCUGGAUUCAGAUGCUGUAAUCACACGUUGUUGUUUGACUUGUACAUCGCCCAUGGAGUCACAGUACUUCAGCGCGUGUUCUGGUUGUGGACUCCCUGCUGUGUGCCACUAUUGUGGAACUUUGGAGAAUCUUCUUGAUGACUAUGAGGAUUAUAAGGAAGACUUGUACUCUAAAUUCAGUUCAGUGCGGCCUCUCUGUGCCCCAUGUCGAGCUAAAGGCCUUGAAGCUAAGACCUGGGGACAAAUAAUAAAAAAUAAAAAGGAAAAUCCUACCUUAAACAUUCGAUCCAGAGUCUAUACUAUAAUAACUGAAUAA